AUGGAACUAGAAGUAGUAUCACAAAUGCAGCUUAUUUAUGAACCAGAACCUGAAUUUACAUUGGACCCAGAGACCUCGUUCGAACUAGAAACCACAUUAGAACCUGAAUCCUCAUUACCUGAAUUCCAAUUAGAGCCCGAAUCCCCAUUAGAACUUGAAUCCCCUGAAUCCCCAUUAGAACCCGAAUCCCCAUUAGAGCCUGAAUCCCCAUUAGAGCCUGAAUCCCUAUUAGAGCCUGAGUUCCCAUUAGAGCCUGAAUCCCUAUUAGAGCCUGAAUCCUCAUUAGAAUUAGGUAACUUGCUUUUUCAGCAUGGCCAGGAUUAUGCCUCUUUUGAGACCUUUAAAUAUGUUGCCAAUCAGUAUGCGGAAACAAGUGGGUUUAAAGUGAUUUCCUUAAAGGGCAACAAUUGUAGUGAUGGCUUGUGUAGUACUCAAAUUUUUUCCUGCGAUCGCUCUGGUAUGCACAAGCCCAAACCUAAAGAUCCAAAUAAGAAAAGCAGAAACAAAGAAUCAAAAAAAUGCAACUGCCCUUGGUCAAUUCGUCUCAAUUAUAACCCGGAAGACGAUAAAUAUCAUAUUUCGCAAGUCGAUCUCCGCCAUAAUCACAACCUUAUUCCUCCCCAACUUAUGCACAUAUCACCUUCAAAUCGCGAAAUACCUACCUUUAUUAAGGAAGAAAUUUUUACCUUGAGAAAAGCAGGAAUUGCAGUACCACAAAUCCAAUCACUUCUUACAAUAAAAUACGGACCAGCCACGAAGACGUGGGUAAUGAAAGAUGUGUAUAAUUUGAUUGAUACUGAACACAUGUUACGCAGUGAAUUCCAAGCCCAUGAUUUCCUUCUUCUUCUUCAACAAAAGCAUAACAAUGACCCCGAAUUUUCUUAUGAAUUCGAGUUGGACAAUAAUAAUCGACUUAAGCAUGUACUUUGGGUAUAUGCAUCACAAAAGCGGCAAUACAUGCGCUUUCAUGACACAAUUGUUUAUGAUAAUACAUAUAAGAGCAAUUAUUUCUCAAUGCCCUUUGGGGUGUUUACAGGCAUCACAAACAAUGGUCUCUCUUACUACGCUGCUAGCACGUUGCUUCGGGAUGAAACGUCUUUAAACAAUGAUCUGGCUAUGUCUAAUGCUAUUCACUCUGUCCUUACCAAUAAACACGGUACUAAGCAUGGCCUUUGUAUCUGGCACAUGUUAAAGAAUAUAAGGUCGAAUAUGACCUCUAAACUUGGAAAAAAAUAUAAUAUGUUUCACGUGGAUCUUAUGAAAUGCUUAAACCAUUAUAUUGAUCAAAAUGAGUUUGAGAACCUGUGGAAUUGUAUAAUGGAAAAUGAUAAUUAUGCCGAGGCAAAGUCAUACCUGGAAGUUCUUAGUUGGUGGCAUGAACGGUGGGCCCUGGCAUAUUUGAAGGAAUAUUUUUUUGCUAAUAUGUCGUCGACACAAAGAGGAGAAUCAAUGAACAGUCUUUUAAAGGGCUUCGUAGACUGUAAAACAAGGCUCACAGAAUUUUUGGCAGCUUUUGAACAUGCACUUUAUUUUCACGAAGAGGUGGAACAUAUUUCUGCUUACAAAGAGCUUGUUCACCCCAUCCCUUCGGAUUUCCCAAAUCCAAUUGAAAACCAGAUCACUAGUUGCCUGACUCGAUAUGCCUGGAAGAAAUUUGAGGCAGAAUGGAGUGAAAAAGAUGCAUAUACAUGUGAGGAAAUAACAGAUAACAAUAGAGUGCAUUGUUUUAAGCUAUCACGUUACGAAAGGCUUGACGUUAUACGUCAUGUCUGCUAUGAUGGCAAGGUACUUGCUUGUUGCUGCUGCAAUCUCGAAUUUGCUGGAAUAGUUUGUCGCCAUUCCCUUGCAGUUGCGGACCUGCCCGAGUUGGAGCUUGCUAAAGACUAUGUCAAUUUUUAUAGCUAUACACAACCACAAGAUACAGGAACUUUAACAUCACAUAAAUCAUUUGGUGAAGGUGACUCUCAAAUCUGGUUUAUGCGUAUCCAUCGACUAUCAAGAGAAAUUGCAAGUAAGGUUGCAAUGGACUCCGACAAAUGUGCAGAUUUUACAUCGUACCUCGAAAAGUAUUUGGAGGCACUAUAUGCCUCUGACGAUGAUCUUGCUUCAACUCAUGAGAAUACUUCAGCAUCCCCUGAGCUUCCAAUAAUCAACAACCCUAUAAGAAGUAAGGCUGUUGGACGACCUAAAAAGGGAAAGAUUAGAAGUGAAAAAGAAAAU